AUGGCAGCUCAGAAGUUAUCAAACAACGAAAUGGAGCAACUGUUUAAGAAGGCUGACAAAGACGGCAAUGGGUACUUGAGUGUUGCAGAAUUGAAAUUUCUUCUUCAGCAAGGAAACAAGAAUAUAACGGAGACAGAGUUCAAUGAGCUGUUCACGCUUAUGGAUUCGGGCGCUGGUGACAAAAAAAUCUCAUAUGAGGAAUUCUGUGCUGGUUUAAAAAAGCUUGAAGAGUUCGUCGAGGAGUGUAGGCAACUCUUCGUUCAGCACGAUGCUGACAAAAGUGGCUUCCUGGACAGAAAAGAACUCAAGAAGGUUUUCGAGGAAUGCAAGUUCAAGUUUACGGACACUGAGAUCGACGAAAUCUUCAAAAGCGCAGAUCCAAGUGGAGAUAAUAAAAUAAGUUGUGAGGAAUUUCUUAAUGCUUUUUCGUAG